CUAUUCGUGAUUUAUAUAAAAAUAUAAAGAUUUUCUAAUAAAAUUUAUUUACAAGAGUUAUAAACGCGAAUUACUUUAUUCAUACUGAAGAGAUUCAAUCGAGAAAUUAAAGGAUCCAAACUUGAAAUACCGAAUCCAAAAAAUUAUGAAUCUAUCAUCUUUAGAAGACUCAUCCUCAUCAGACGACGAAAACAAUUAUAUUUCAACGGCUAAAAAAGUUAGAAAAAAUAAGAGGCAACAUUUAGCAACUGCAAAUAAACAAAAAAUUGACGAAAUUUCAAAGGCUCACAAAGCAAAUUUUGAAGGAACAAAAUUUGCUUGUAAAUAGAAAUUUCGAGAAUGAAGAAGAAAAAGGCAUGGAUGAUAGUAAUGAGGCCGUAGCAAGGAACGAAAAUAAUGUAGAAAUGAUAUCAGAGGGUGAAGAUUCGGAUCUGUCAGAGAAUAUUUAUAAUAAUGAAUUGAAAUUGACACCUGAAAUUAGUAAGAGUUCAAAUACAAACGCAGUAAAAAAGCAGUUGAUGAAAGCAAGACAACGAAAUAUGAAAGUUCGAUUAUUUGAACCGAAGCAGCAACAACAAGAACAAGAAUUACAACGACAACAACAACAACAAGAAUUAGGACAACAACAACUAGAAUUACAAGGAUUACAACAACAAGAAUUAGGACAACAACAACUAGAAUUACAAGGAUUACAACAACCAGAAUUACAAGGACUACAACAACUAGAAUUACAAGGACUACAACAACAACAACGUCAACGAUUGCAAGCACACAACGCCGGCUGUUACUAGCACGACAACAUCAACGUCGAUUAUUACAAGCUCAACAACAACAGCAACAAGAUGAAAACAUUAACUAUUUACAUAAUGAUCAGUUCGUAAUCGGAGAUAAUUUAUAUAUAUGAAGUGCAUUAUAUCGCAAUGCGAGUAAUUCCGAUACUCCAGCUAAAUUUAUAACUAAUAUGGCACAUGCCAUUUGGAUAUAACAGGGCUAUGCUGUUACUCUGGCCGUCCUUAAAUUACUUUUUAAGGGCGCCACUGGAAGGAUUAAACGGUCUUCCAGAACCGGUUCUUAAUGCUCAGGGUCGGUGUAAAAUUUAAUUGUAAGAGAAGGAAGAGGAAGGAUAAUUUUAUAAAUAACUUAGAUUUAAUUAUUACAAUAAUAUUAACUUUAUUAAUUCCCAACCUUUCAAUUAAAACCUUAUAAUUUUAUAACUUUUGACCUUAUACCUUAUAACUUAUACCUUAUAACUAUUAAACCUUUGAACCUUAUAACUUUUAGACCUUAUAACUAUUAACCUUUGGACCUUAUAACUUUUAGACCUUAUAACUAUUAACCUUUUGACCUUAUAACUUCUGCCAAUUACCUUUGGACUUACUUUACUUAACUACAUAGCCACUACCUUGGCAUCACACACACUCUCACACUCAGUUAAAACAUUGCCAACUACCUUUGGACUUAUGAUUAAAAUCGGUUACCUCGCGAAUUAUUUAUUAACUAUUUACACAUUUUAAAAUUUAUUUCCUACACACAUACUGCACUCGAGUCCCCUGGACUUUUCUUCACACACACUGAAUUUAAAAUGGCUAUUCCC